AUACGCCGUAUGUUUGUGUGUGUGUGAGAAUAGAAUGUUCCAUGCAGAAUUCUGUUUGUGUUUGUCCGAGCGUGUUGCGCUGUGCGUUACAACAUUAAGCGUGUUGUGUUGUGGCAGGAUGUGUGAAGAUUAUUUGCUUAAUUAGUGUCUAUUUAAACAGGUGGAUUUCGCAAUUAUUAUGUAUCAAGACGUUCCAUUGGGAAUACAUGCGUGUAUAUAUAGAAUACAUUUAAAUAUUAAUACAAAUUUAAAUCUCUCUCUCACAUCUCAUUUAAGUUAGAUAAAACUUCAUUCAAUUAAUUGGAUUUAUUAAAAUGGGUAAUUAUUUCAUGAUGUAUUUGAACAGAAUAGCAACACUUUGUGAACGACCUUUAGGGGCUUUAUCCUCCUUGAAAUCCUGAAACCUGGCCACAAAAAGUACAUUUUUGUCGUAAAUCAAGUGUCUGGGAUGACAAAAAAAAAAACUUUUAAAAAAAUUUCUUCUUUUAUUUUAUUGAUUGUCGAUUGUCGUGUGGGUUUCAGCAUCGUAGAAUGUAUGGUUCUUGGGAUUAAGACUCACGUACCAAACACCGAAAAUGAAUUGUCGGAUCUGAGGAGGCCGAACUAGAAAGCAUUUUGAUGAUGAAGAUGAAGAAGCAUUUCUUUCUUGGCUGGACCGCAACAGCGCGGGCCAGCCCUACAAACGCGAAUGUCAGUGACUGACUGAGCAACUGAGUGAUGAGGUUACACCAUUGGUCGGCCGAGUUACGAAGUUACGCCAUUGGUUCGGCCGGAUCACGUGUGUUAGGUCCGGCCAUACACGAGGUUUAUAACCUGGUCUUGUUUCGCUUUGCGGGCUCUCUGUCUGUCUGUCUGUCUGUCUGUCUGUCUGACUGUCUGUCUGUCUGACUGUCUGUCUGACUGUCUAUCUGACUGUCUGACUGUCUGUCUGUCUGUCUGUCUGUCUGUCUGUCUCUCAGCGCCGCGGUCAUGCCGGCCAUAGUGAACCUGCUGUUCAACACGGUCUCCACGAACACCACCAUCGCCUUCUCGCUGGUGCUGCCGCUGGUGAGCGUGCUGUCGCUGCUGGUGGGGGUCGGGGGCCACCUGCUGGUGUGGCUGGUGCUGAUGAGGAGCCCGCGGCGCCGGUCCAGGCCCAGCUCGGUGCUGCUGCUCAACCUGAGCCUGGCGGACCUGUGCGCGCUGCUCACGCUGCCCUGCGUGCUGCUGAGCGCCAGCUCCCAGGGCUGGCAGCUAGGGGGCGCCAUCUGCGUGCUGCUGGGCUUCGUCACCUCGCUCACCGCCGGCGUGGACAUCUUCAGCCUGGCCGCCCUGUCCGUGCUGCGCUACCGCAUCGUGGCCCCGCCCACACACCGGCCCGUGCGCCCCACGCAGGUCGCCGGCACGGUGGCGGUGAUCUGGCUGGUCUCCGUGACGAUGGCCCUGCCGAAGGUGACGUACAUCCGGUUCGACGGCGGGUGCAAGUGGUCGGUGGACCGGGGCCAGUGGCUGGGCUUCCUGGUGCCGGCGUUCCUGGUGUACUACGUGGCGCCGCUCCUGUGCAUCGGCAUCAACUGCGGCCUGAUCGUCACGCACCUGCACGCCUGCCGGCUGGGCCUGGCCGCCACGCGCCGCAACCAGAAGGCCACGGCGCUCCUGAUUGGCUCCACGCUGGCCUUCGCGCUCAGCUGGCUGCCCUACUACGCCCUGGAGUUCGUCAACGUGCUGUCCCCCUCCGUCGGCUCCGCCUUCUCCUCCUCCCUCCUCGCCCCUCCCCCGGGACACCCCUACGCGGCCUGGGCCAACCGCUCGCUGGCCCAGUCGCUGGCCCCGCCCCCAACUCCGCAUGCCCCGCCCCCCGCGGCGGUGGGCGUGUCCCUGCUGUGGGAGCUGGCGUCCCUCAUCGCCAUCCUGCUGGUGUGCCUCGCCCCCUGCUGGAACCCGCCCCUCUACUUCCUGCUGUCCCGCCCCGCCCUGCGCCAGCUCCGCGCCCUGCUGCCGUCCCCCCGGAAACGCUGGGGCCCCGCCCGCAUCGCCCCGGCAACCGCUCCGCGCCACGCCCCCGCGCUGCCGCUGCCCUCCCUCUCGCACACACACGCCGCCCCGCACACACUCACGCAGGGAUAAACACACACACACACGCACACAGGGAUAAACACACACUCAUACACACACACACACACACACACACUCAUGCAGGGAUAAACACACACACACACACACACACAUACACACACUCACGCAGGGAUAAACACACACACACACACACAGGGAUAAACACACACUCAUACACACACACACACUCACGCAGGGAUAAACACACACACACACGCAGGGAUAAACACACACUCAUACACACACACACACACACGCAGGGAUAAACACACACACAUACACACACUCACGCAGGGAUAAACACACACACACACGCAGGGAUAAACACACACUCAUACACACACACACACACACACGCAGGGAUAAACACACACACAUACACACACUCACGCAGGGAUAAACACACACACACAUGCAGGGAUAAACACACUCAUACACACAUACACACACUCACGCAGGGAUAAACACACACACUACACACAUACACACACACACUCCUUCAGGGAUAAACACACACACUCACACACUCAUGCAGAGAUGAACACACUCACAGGGAUAAACACACACACACACGCUCACACACAUAUACAGGGAUAAAUGCACAUACACGCACAUACACACACACACAGGGAUAAAUACACACACACAUGCUCACACAGGGAUAAACACACACACUCACAGUCACGCAGGGAUAAACACACACACACUCAAACUUGCACAGGGAUAAACACACACACACACACAUACACACAGGAACAUACAUUUUUGUAACAUAAAAAAAGUUUUGUCUUGUUUCAUAAAUGUUUAAAUAAAGUUUUAUUGUAUGAAA